AUGGUCGAAUCGUUCCACGUGACCGAUAACGACCAGAAAAUUGCCCUCUAUGCGGGGAUGAUUACAUCUGCAUUUACAUUUGCGGAGUUCUCAGCGGGCAUGUUCUGGGGUCGAAUGAGCGACAAGAUUGGUAGGAAACCGGUCUUGGUCAUGGGUCUGAUUGGAACCGCCAUCAGUAUGAUUGUAUUCGGAUUCGCUCCCAACCUGCCAGUCGCGAUGGUUGCCCGAGCCCUAGGGGGUCUGCUGAAUGGAAACAUCGGCGUUCUCCAGACCACCGUGGCGGAGAUUGUGACCGUCAAAGAACACCAGCCCCGAGCUUACUCGAUUAUGCCAUUUGUCUGGUGCUUAGGAUCGAUCAUCGGACCCGCCAUGGGUGGUGCGCUGGCACAGCCCUGCGACAACUAUCCCUGGUUAUUCCAGCGCGGUACCAUCUUUGAUAGCUUCCCAUUUCUGCUGCCCAACGUGGUCUGCGUUGUCAUCCUCGUCUUCGGAGUCGUCGUUGGUUUGUUGUUUCUGGAGGAGACCCAUCCCGAGAAGAAAUAUCGCCGUGACCCCGGGUUGGAAUUGGGCCAUUGGCUGGUCGGUAAAUGCUCAGGAUCGCGUGUCCAGCUUUCCGAGGACACGGACGUCAAGACGGAUUUAACCGGAACGGAUUACUUCGAUCUCCCUCCGCCGGAAUACAGAAGCACCGAAUCUUCGCCUCGUUUGGGUCCGGUGAAAGAGUCGGAUUCUUUGUCCGACAAUGACGACAUUGAAGGACAGAAGGAGACGCCAAAAGCGUUUACGAAGCAGGUCAUUUUCAAUAUCAUCGCCUACGGAGUUCUCGCAUACCAUAGCGUUUCGUUCGACCAGCUGAUGCCCGUCUUCCUGAGCACCCCGAAAUCCGACGAGGAGGUCGUACUUCCCUUCAAGUUCACGGGAGGUUUAGGAAUGGCCACCAAGACGAUCGGUUUUAUGCUGGCGGUGCAGGGCGUCUACUCCAUGAUCGCGCAGCUUUGGCUGUUCCCCUUCGUCGUUCGACACUUUGGCACCCUGCGCACCUUUCGCUUCGUUCUGCUUGUCUGGCCACCCCUCUACCUGCUGGUUCCCUAUCUCAUUCUCCUGCCCGAGGCGCUCCAGACGACCGCCGUGUACGUUGCCCUGAUCUGCAAGAUUACUGUCCAUGUCAUCGCAUUCCCCGCUACCGCCAUCCUGCUUGCCAACGCCGCUCCUUCCUCCAAAGUCCUGGGCUCCAUCAACGGCGCCGCCGCCUCGACGGCUAGUCUGAGCCGCGCCUUCGGCCCAACCGUGACGGGUCUGCUUCACUCGAAAGGCUUGGAGAGUGGAUACUCGGUUAUCGCGUGGUGGGCGUGCGGCCUGGUGUGCAUCAUCGGAGCCAUCGAAAGUUUCUGGAUGGAAGAGAGCGAGGGGCGCAAGGAUGCCGAGAAAGAACCCGCGGGGCCCUUGAAUGUGGGCAGGAAUGGCCUGCAGGGUUCUUUCACAGCUGGUAAAGAAGAUGCCACCGCAGAAGAGGUGCGGAGAUUGCUCUCUUCGGCGCGGACCAGUGUCGAUGACGCUGAAAUCCCCAACGUGGAUUUGACCCCAGCCACGCUCAAACCCGUGCAUGAGUGA